GAGAGAGAAUGCAACCAGGAGCUCCCCCGGCUGAUUUACUUCCCAGAUACCCAUGGUGACCAGGGCUGGACCAGGUCGAAGCUGGAAGCCAAGGAUGUGUGUGUGUCAGGGACCCAACUACUUGAGCCAUUGCCUGCUGCCCCCAGCUCAAGCUGGAUCUGGAGUCGAGCCAGUUCUCGAACCCAAGCACUCUGAUGUGGGCGUGGGCGUCUUAACUGCUAGACCACGCCUGCCCUGUGCAGUUUGCAGCUGUCAGAAGGCACGAAGUGCGCGAGUGCUGCUAACAGGAGUGUCUCUUGGAAGCGCUCACGGAGGAAGUUCUGCCGGAAACUUAGAUUUGGCCUCAAUGUGAAGUUAAAGUAGAGAGUUCCAUCGGCACGUGUGUUGCGUCAGGAUCCGUGGGUCAUGUCUGAAGAGGGAGAUGGUGUUCUAGGUGGCUGACGCCAGCAGAGUCCCGUGCUCGUCCCAGAUGCCAGGCGUCUCCUGCUCCCUGGAGUGAAGACCCCCUCCAGACAACAGACUGACAGCUGCAGAAAAUGGUGUGUGUGUUAAGGAUGUCAGCAACCUAAAUUCAUGCACCCUACCUGUGCAGUUGUGGAUGGUUUGCCAUCUGGAAGCUCCUCGAGUUCUUACCCAGGCCCUGUGUCUGUUUCUGAAAUGUCUCUGCUUCAUGCCUUGGGCCCAGUGCAGACCUGGCUGGGACAGGAGCUGGAGAAAUGUGGCAUCGAUGCCAUGAUUUACACGCGCUACGUCCUCAGCCUCCUGCUGCAUGACAGCUAUGACUACGACCUGCAGGAACAGGAGAGUGACACCUUCCUGGGCUGGGAGAAGGGAGCCUACAGGAAAUGGGGAAAGAGCAAGCGGAAGUGCUCCGACCUGACCCUGGAGGAGAUGAAGAAGCAGGCUGCUGUCCAGUGUCUUCGAUCUGCUUCUGACGAAAGCUCCGGCAUCGAGACUUUAGUGGAGGAGCUCUGCUCCAGGCUGAAGGACCUCCAGAGUACGCAAGAAGAGAAGAUCCACAAAAAGUUCGAGGAGUCGCCCUCUCCAGAGGCAGAAUUAUCCCCCACAGCCAAGGAUCAAGUGGAAAUGUACUAUGAAGCCUUCCCACCGCUUUCAGAGAAACCAGUGUGCCUGCAGGAAAUCAUGACUGUGUGGAACAAGUCCAGAGUCUGUCCUUACUCCAGCUCCUCGUCGUCGUCCACAGCCCCACCAGCCAGCACAGGGCCGUCCUCUCCCAAGGACUGCAACAGUGAAAGCGAAGCCAUCAAGGAAAGAAGCGGGGAAGCGCCCCGCGCCGUGCACGAGCAAGCGCAGAGCCGGAGUCACCUGGAGAAGGGGAGCAGACUCGGUCACGGUGCCGCCGAGGAGAAGCCCACCCUGUACAGGAAGCAGGGCCGGCACAGACCCGAAGGGAGGCCUCGACCUCGCUCCUGGUCUUCCGGCUCCAGUGAGGCAGGCUCGAGUUCAAGCGGCAACCAGGGGGAGCUGAGGGCACCCAUGAAGUUUGUUAAAGUAAGACACAAGGCCCGAGACGCUCGGAGCAAGAAAGGUCGGGACGCGCAGAGCAGGCUGUCGCUGAAGCACGGCGAGAAGGCCAGCAGGAGCGUGCACGCUGGGAGCAGCGGCAGCAGCAGCAGCGGGUCCCUCCGACAGCUCUGCAGGCGCGGCAAGAGGCCCCUGAAGGAGGUGGGGAGGAGAGACCCUGCGGGCGCUGAAGGCAAGGACCUGCACACGGAGAGCAGGAGCGACCGGGAGUACAAGGAGGAGCCGCUGUGGUACACCGAGCCCAUCGCCGAGUAUUUCGUUCCUCUGAGCAGGAAGAGUAAACUGGAGACCACAUACCGAAACAGGCAGGAGGCGAGCGAGCUGACGUCAGAGGCAGUGGGAGAGUUGUCUGAAUCAGUGCAUGGUCUUUGUAUCAGCAACAAUAAUAUUCAUAAAACAUACCUCGCAGCAGGUACUUUCAUUGAUGGUCAUUUUGUAGAAAUGCCUGCGGUUAUAAAUGAGGACAUUGACCUCGCUGGGACCUCAUUGUGUUCUCUGCCAGAGGACAACCAGUACCUGGAUGAUAUUCAUCUAUCAGAAUUAACGCACUUCUACGAAGUGGACAUUGACCAAUCCAUGUUGGAUCCUGGUGCCUCAGACACGAUGCAAGGAGAAAGUCGGAUUUUGAAUAUGAUUCGACAAAAAAGCAAAGAGAAUACAGAUUUUGAGGCAGAAUGUUGCAUAGUGUUAGAUGGUAUGGAGUUGCAAGGGGAACGUGCAAUAUGGACAGACUCGACCAGCUCCGUGGGCGCUGAGGGCUUAUUCCUGCAAGACCUCGGCAAUCUGGCUCAGUUUUGGGAGUGCUGCUCAUCCAGCUCUGGCGAUGCCGACGGAGAGAGUUUUGGGGGAGAUUCUCCAAUUCGCCUCUCUCCGCUCUUAGACGGCACAGUGCUCAAUUCGCACUUGCUUGCCGGCAAUCAAGAGCUCUUUUCAGAUAUUAAUGAAGGAUCUGGUGGCAUAAACUCUUGUUUUUCAGUGUUUGAAGUGCAAUGCAGUAAUUCUGUUUUACCAUUUUCUUUUGAAACACUCAACUUGGGAAAUGAAAAUACAGACUCUAGUGCUAGCAUGCUUGGGAAGACGCAGUCUAGACUGCUAAUAUGGACCAAAAAUAGUGCCUUUGAAGAAAACGAACACUGUUCUAAUCUCUCAACAAGAACCUGUAGUCCAUGGUCCCAUUCGGAAGAAACACGUUCAGACAAUGAGACGUUAAACAUUCAGUUUGAAGAAUCUACACAGUUUAAUGCAGAAGAUAUCAAUUAUGUAGUUCCUAGAGUCUCAGCAAAUUAUGUAGAUGAAGAGCUUCUAGAUUUUUUGCAAGAUGAAACUUGCCAGCAAAACAGAACUUUAGGAGAAAUUCCUACAUUAGUUUUCAAAAAAAAAUCUAAACUAGAAUCUGUCUGUGGUAUUCAGCUAGAACAAAAACCAGAAAACAAAAACUUUGAAACCACACAAGUGUGUGGUGAAAGCAGCCCGCACGGAGACGGCUACAGCUCAGGGGUCAUUAAAGACAUUUGGACAAAGAUGGCAGAUAGAAAUUCUGUGGCCACGGCAGAAGCGGAAAGAGUUGACGAGGAGCUGUUUCCAACAGAUGUCAGUAACUACUGCUGCUGUCUGGGCGCUGAAGCCAAGCUCGAGACCUUGGAGGGGCCCCACAGGGCUGUGCAGAGGUCAGAGUACCACCUGUGGGAGGGGCAGAAAGGGAGCCCCGAGAAGAGAGCGUUCAUCCCCAGGGAGCUGUCCAAGGUGGACGGGGGGGACUACACAACGCCCUCCAAGCCCUGGGGCGUUGCUCAUGACACACAGAGUGCGUUCAUUCUAGGAGGAGUUUACGGAGAGCUCAAAACCUUCAGCAGCGACGGGGAGUGGGCCGUGGUCCCGCCCAGUCACACAAAAGGGAGCUUGUUACAGUGUGCGGCUUCCGAUGUCGUGACGAUCGCCGGCACAGAUGUCUUUAUGACCCCCGGAAACAGCUUUGCUCCUGGCCACAGGCAGUUAUGGAAACCCUUGGUGUCGUUUGAACAGGGCGAUCAGCCGAAGAGUGGAGAAAAUGGGUUGAAUAAGGGAUUUUCUCUGAUCUUCCAUGAAGACUUCCUAGGAGCUUGCAGUAACUUCCAAGUUGAAGAUCCCGGACUGGAGUAUUCGUUUUCUUCCUUUGACUUAAGCAAUCCGUUUUCACAAGUUCUUCACGUAGAAUGUUCAUUGGAACCUGAAGGGAUUGCAUCUUUCAGUCCCAGUUUUAAACCGAAAUCAAUUCUCUGCUCCGAUUCAGACGGCGAAGUCUUUCACCCCCGGGUCUGUGGUGUGGACAGGACGCAGUACCGGGCCGUCCGCAUCUCUCCGAGGACUCACUUCCGCCCCAUAUCUGCGUCCGAACUGUCCCCAGCAGGAGGAAGCGAGUCAGAGUUUGAAUCUGAGAAAGAGGAAGCCAGUGUCCCCGUAGCUUCUCAGGUCGAUGUGUUUGAAGAUCCACAGGCAGACCUCAAGCCUCUGGAGGAAGACGCGGAGAAAGAAGGCCACUACUACGGCAAGUCAGAGCUUGAGUCUGGAAAGUUCCUGCCCAGGUUGAAGAAGUCAGGGAUGGAGAAGAGCGCCCAGACAUCGCUGGACUCCCAGGAGGAGUCGGCUGGCGCUCUGCCUGUCGGGCAGCAGAGCCAGUGCUUGGCGUGUAGCAGGAGCGAGUCUCUGGAAAGAGAUGUGGAAAGCUCGGAAGCGAAUUGUAAAAUCAUGGCGCAGUGCGAGGAGGAAGUUAACGAUUUCUGCGGCUGCAGGGCGGGUUGUCAGUUCCCUGCUUACGAAGAGGGCCCAGUGUCUUCAGCACGGCUGGAGGAGUUUCCUCUGUUGAGCACGGACGUACAAGGGCUGCACAGAAGUCGAGAGCAGCAGACCUGGUGGGAGAAGGCCGUGUUCCCCCCUCUGUUUCCUGCGUCAGAGUGCGAAGUUUCUCCUUGGACCAAGAUGACUGAUGGGAACCCUGCCUCCUCCACAAAUGGCGUUGGCUUGAUGGGCGUUCUGGAUGGUCGGCCAGAGAGCUCCCUGCAGAACCUCAGGGCCCCCGGGCACAGGCCCAAGCUGAAAUCCGGUGCUCUGGAAGACCGGCACAGCCUCCAGUCGGUGGACUCGGGCAUUCCUACCCUGGAGAUCGGCAACCCCGAACCUGUCCCCUGCAGAGCGGUCCACGUGAAGAGGAAGCAGUCCGAGGCGGACCUCGCCCCCGAGCGGGCCUUCCAGAGUGCCUGCCCGCUGCCGUCCUGUGCGCCCCCGGCCGCCGGCGGCGCCGAGCGCGAGCAGAGCGUGCGCAAGUCCUCCACGUUCCCCCGGACGGGCUAUGACUCCGUGAAGCUCUACAGCCCCACCGCCAAGGCCUUGAGCCGCAGCGACCAUGUGUCCGUGUGCAGCGUGUCCAGUCUGGGCACGGAGCUGUCCACCGCGCUGUCCGUCAGCAGCGAGGACAUCCUGGACCUCGUGGUCACCAGCAGCUCCAGUGCCAUCGUGACCCUGGAGAAUGACGACGACCCGCAGUUCACCGACGUCACCCUGAGCUCCGUCAGGGAGACCAGAGACCCGCACCAGCAGGGCUGUGUUGACGAAACCGAGGAGGGAAGUAAAUUGAAGAUCCUGGGACCGCUUGGUAACUUCUUCACGAGGAAUUUGCUUGCUAGAAAACACAAUUCAAGACUUGACAAACACAGUGACUUGGGAUGGAAGUUGUUUGGAAAAGUGCCACUGCGAGAGAAUGCCCAGAGAGAUUCAAAGAGAAUACAAAAGGAAUAUGAAGACAAGGCUGGAAGACCUAGCAGGCCGCCCUCCCCAAAGCAGAAUGUGAGGAAGAACCUUGACUUUGAGCCACUCUCCACCACCGCGCUCAUCCUGGAAGACAGACCAGCAAACCUCCCCGCGAAGCCUGCUGAGGAGGCGCAGAAGCACCGGCAGCAGUACGAAGCCAUGGUGGUUCAGGCCAAGAAGCGAGAGCUGAAGGAGGCCCAGCGGAGGAAGAAGCAGCUGGAGGAGAGAUGCAGAGUGGAGGAGAGCAUUGGGAACGCCGUGCUCACCUGGAACAACGAGGUCCUGCCCAACUGGGAAACCAUGUGGUGCUCCAGGAAGGUUCGGGAUCUGUGGUGGCAGGGAAUCCCUCCGAGUGUGCGAGGCAAGGUCUGGAGCUUAGCCAUCGGCAACGAGUUAAACAUCACCCACGAACUCUUCGACAUCUGUCUUGCCCGAGCCAAGGAGAGGUGGCGCUCGCUCAGCACUGGAGGCACCGGGGUGGACAGUGAAGAUGCCGGAUUCCCUGCGGCAGACCGAGAGGCGAGUCUGGAGCUCAUUAAACUGGACAUCUCCAGAACGUUUCCAAACCUCUGCAUCUUCCAGCAAGGCGGGCCUUACCAUGACAUGUUGCACAGUAUUUUGGGCGCUUAUACUUGUUACCGGCCGGAUGUGGGUUAUGUCCAGGGCAUGUCCUUUAUAGCGGCAGUGUUGAUCUUGAACUUGGACACUGCCGACGCCUUCAUCGCGUUUUCUAAUCUGCUGAAUAAGCCCUGUCAGAUGGCGUUUUUCCGAGUGGACCACGGCCUUAUGUUGACUUAUUUUGCUGCAUUUGAGGUAUUCUUUGAAGAAAAUUUGCCGAAAUUAUUUGCUCAUUUCAAGAAAAACAACUUAACUCCAGACAUCUACCUGAUCGAUUGGAUCUUCACCUUGUACAGCAAGUCUCUGCCGCUGGACCUGGCCUGCCGCGUCUGGGACGUGUUCUGCCGGGACGGGGAGGAGUUCCUCUUCCGCACGGCGCUGGGCGUGCUCAGGCUGUUCCAGGACGUCCUGACCAAGAUGGACUUCAUCCACAUGGCCCAGUUCCUGACCCGGCUGCCCGAGGACCUGCCCGCCGAGGAGCUGUUCGCCUCCGUCGCCACCGUCCAGAUGCAGAGUCGGAACAAGAAGUGGGCUCAGGUGCUGACCGCACUGCAGAGAGACAGCCGCGAGAUGGAGAAGGGGAGCCCAUCCCUCAGACACUGAGGCCGCCGCAGUGGAGCCCGGGCCGCCUGCGUGGAUCCCGCGGACACCGGCGGCGGACGAGACGGGGUCCUAACGCUGGAGUUGGCCUUAAAAACAAAACCACAGCAAAACAGCUGUUAAAGAAGUAAAGCCGGGCUUAGCCUUAAGCAGCGCAGUGGACCAACGCGCUGGCCUUGACCGUGGCCAGCCUCCGCGUCUGACGCGUGGGCCGGAGACAGGGCAGUGGCCACUCCCUCUCCUUUAUUCCAGGAGACGUUCAUUAAAUCGCGAUGCUCUGAUGUCAGCCCUGGGACGUACAUUGCAGUCUUUCUGAGCCCAGGUGCUGGGGGAUGUCGGCCGGGGGACCUCGGAGACGCCCCUGGCUCCUGCUGGCCUUCUUAGGUGACGGACUCUGAGGUCCUUCCUGGCCUGUCUUCCCAGAGCUGGAAGCCCACCCACCAAAGACUGCGUUGAGGGCACCUGGGCUCUCCUGGGCUAGUCACUGCGGAGCGCUCCUGGCCCCUAGGAGCCAACCUGACCUUCCUGUCGACAUUUUAACCACGUUGCCUUGACACAGUUCCGGGGGGCUGGUGAUGCAACCCACACUCCCUAGACUGCCCUGUGGAGCUGGGGGGACACGGAGCAGAAGCAGCCCCCUCCAGAGGAGGCUGGGGAGGGAGAGGGUCCAGGCCCGCCCCCUCCUGCCCUGCUGCUUCCCGUGGGAACAGUUGUGUGGGGGUGGCUGCCCCGCGCCCUCCUGCGGUGCCCUCCGUGCUUCUGCCGCUCGACAGGUGCCCGGGAUCCCUCUGCAGGCCCCGGGCGUUAGAACUGCCACGGGGGCAGAGGGGCAGGUGGACGCUGCGGCCUGAGCCCCUGGCUGGUGUCUCGGUUGGUGAGGUUUUGUUGUAGCUUUUCCCUGAUUCGAACUCUGUACUCAGAGUUUGGUUACCCUGAUUCGCAGAGGGUGGUCCCAAGGACAGGCUAGGAUCUGUGGCGACCGGGUGGUCCUGGGGUGUCAGCGGCCAGGUGUGCGGGCAGUCGUGGGCGCCCAGUGCUCAGUGCUCCCGGCACCGGGGCCCCGCUCAGCCGGGCUGCCCCCCCCCCCCCCACCGCGGUCCAUCACGUUUCUGAUGUGGGGGGUCCUUGGCACUGACUGGGAGUCUGCAGCACGCAGCAAGGGGGCUUGGGCCAGGGUGGGUGGAGCCUAACCGGGGCCUGGGUUUGAUGGGCAGCAAGGCUUCCUGGCCCCUGCAGGUUGCUGGCCGCAGGCCGUCACGCCCUGCAUUCCCACUCUGCUCCGGGUCCUUUCCCCGGAGCCUCCGCUUGCCCCUGGUGUUGGGCUCGGACUUCUCCAGGGCGCCCCGGCGAGGUGCCGUCCCCCGCGGGCUGGGCGGCCUGCAGAGCGGCCCCUCCUGACGGCGGCCGGGCUGUGGGAGCCAUUCCUUGCACACGUACUUGUUUUUGUCGAUGACGUGGUGUUCUGUUCUUUAAAGAUGUGUAUAUUUUCUUACUGUACAUAGAUGUCCCUCACGGCAGCCCGCCCGCCCGCCGCGGGACGAGGGCCCGGGGCGGCUUGCUCGGAGGGCCGCGGGAGACUCGGCCCGAGCCCGCUCUCACACCCUUGCCCAGUGGUGUGUGGCACGUCCCUGGACAGCACCACGCCUGGGUUACGAUGGCCAACGGGACCCCGCCCAGGGGUCACAGGCAGGUCUGGAGCCUGGGGCGCCCUCGUGAGAGGCGGGGCCCGCGGGGGGCCGGCCCUCUGUCCCCACCACAGCCUCGGAAGGCGUCUCCUCACUGCGGACGUGGACUGGAGCCGCGGCCACGCCGUGCCCUCUGCGAGUCUGCGCCUGCUCUCGCUCCCCGCACCCCCGGGCUGGGCUGGGCUGCGUCUCCCCUCUCCGAGUGCCGCCCGGACUGACGCAGAAGCAGGUUCCCGGCAGGGCACUCUGACUGUUCCAGUCGGCUGAGAGCGAACGCCUGGUAACACGGCGCUCAUCAUGUUUCAAUUGCCUGUACAGCUAACCCUUUAAUUUUAUUUAGUAAAGUGUAUCAAAGUAGGCCUUUUUGAACUGUAAAUACGUGGUUUUAUUAAAUAAAAGGCAGUGAAAUUGUUA